AUGGAUGUCACCCGCCUCCUCCUGGCCACCCUAGUGGUCUUCCUGGGCUUCUUCACUGUCUACAGUCACUUGGUACACGAGGAGCCGCGUGGGGAUGACAGGAGUCUAAAGAGCAACUCCUCCAUGAACUCCCUGGAUUUCUCCUCUGUUUCCAUUGUGGCACUGAACAAGAAAUCCAAGAAGAUCAGCAGAAAGGAAGCUGAGAAGCAGAAGAGAUCUUCCAAGAAAAAGGCUUCGAUGAAGAAGGUGGCACGGCCCCCGCCACCCAAGCCCUGCGUGGCCACCCGUGACAGCUGCAAGCCGCCUGCGCCCGCCUGCUGCGACCCGUGCGCCUUCUGCCAGUGCCGCUUCUUCAGUAGCGCCUGCAUGUGCCGCGUCCUCAACCCCAACUGCUGAGCCCACUUCUGCGCUGCGCGCGCAGC